AUGCACGACGACGGAGAACUCUCAGACAUCACACAACCUUCCACAGUUUCAUUGCCCCUUGACACACCAGAAAUUGAUCAACGAGUGCUAGAACAAGAUCAAGAAGAAUCAGAGCAAGAAGUUCUACAGCAGUUAGCAGACGACAAAGAGUCACUAUCAGGCGCACCAGGUCCAAUAUCAAUAACUCUUCUGCGAUUUGACAACGAGGAAAACGAAGAAGCAGAGAAUCUUCAAUUUCCCCCAGUAGAGCCACCAAACCCACCAAGAGAGCCCCCAUUACCUCCUGCAUUAACACCAGUGAAACCAAGGGCAACGCAAGCCACAGUCCCACUGCACAAACUCAUCUCGCUAUACAUCAAACCACCCAUCGUUACACCCACAAAUACAGCCUAUGAGGCAACAAAAGUUGCAAUAUUCGGUACACUCAUCUCUGCAGGAUCACACACAGAUCUAUGGUGGAUGAACCUUGAUGCAAAGCACAAAGCCAGUUGGUCGACGGUUAGAACAGCAUUCAUUGCUAAAUGGCCUGCAAUAAUCGCAGCAGGCAAAACAAAGCUGGAAUAUCAAAAGGAGUUAUUAGCAUUAUGCAUGAAAGAUGAAGAGAUCGGACAAUGCAUCACGGUAGCAGGAAUUGAAACGUGGUCGCAUGUGCACUUCCAUGGCACAUUGAAGAAGUUAGUACAGGAUGCAGGAGUUGACAGUGCACCUAUCCUAAUUCAACCAGUUUGUGAUGUGCUCCCAUGGACAUUGAGAGACCUGACAUCUCCAGCACCACCAGACUGGGACACAUUCUUUGACGAGAUUAAGGACACCAAUAUUAACACUCUGCUGGAGAAGGUGAAGUGA